AUGCGCCAGAGAAAGUCGCAUCGCAAGUCCCGCGGGGGCUGCCUCACCUGCAAAAAACGCCGCGUCAAAUGCGACGAGCACCAGCCCACUUGCCAGCGCUGUGUGCGCGCCGGCUGGUCGUGCUCGUGGGACGCUGAAACUGAAGCUAUCCCCAGUGCUGUCCCCUCGCGCAUCUUCCACACCCAGCGCGAGACUCGCUUCUUCGACUUCUUCCGCGUCAACACCAUCGCCGACCUCUCCGGCUGGGCCUCGUCGUACUUCUGGCAGCGUCUCGUCCUGCAGAUGGCCCACUCCGAGCUGGCUCCACGUCGCGCUGUGAUUGCCCUAGGGGCCCUGCACUCGGACGGCGUCGACUCGCCGCAUGUUCUGCGCUACUAUGGCGAAGCCCUCACCACCCUGCGCCAGCUGCUCACCCAGUCCGACUCGCCCACGGGGAUGGUCUCAAUCGACGUCUGCCUCGCGACCUGCCUGCUGCUGUCGAUAUUCGAAGUCGCGCGCAAGGACUACGAGGCAGCCCAGAUCCACUACACGCGCGGAGUGCAGCUGCUCAAACAACACAGCCAGACCGGUCGAAACCACCACCAACUCGCCUUCUACGAACGCACCCUCCUCGCCCAGUUCUCCCACCUGGAAACCCUCAUCAUCUCCUUCCUCUCCAGCCGCCCCGGCUACCACCAAGACGCCAUCUUCGUCGAAUACAACAUCUCCCAGCUCGCUAUCCCCUCCUGCUUCCCCUCCAUCCCCGAAGCCCACGAGUCCUUCGUCCGCCUGCUGCACAGCAUCCAGAACCGCGCAACCCGCGCCGCCAACACCCUCGCCUUCGCCAAACCCGACUCCGUCCCAGACGACGACGGCAUCUUCCCCCACCGCGAGACCUACUCCGCAUCCAUGCGCCAGGCCGCCACUCUCCGCGCUGUGAACCACGAGUCCCUCCUCGGUCUCGCCCGGUGGAGCGCAGCAUUCUACGCCUGCAUUGCAUCUCUCGAGAAACCCUCCCUCGUCGACCGCCGCGUCAUCGCCCUGCUCAAGGGCAUCUCGACGAUGCUGUAUAUCCGCUGCUCCAAGGACCCUGCCCUCGGCGAGAUGGGCGCUGAUGCGUUCCUGCCCGAGUAUGAGUUCACAAUGACCCAGUUUGAGACUGCGGUGGAUCUUGCGUGGGAGGAGCGUUCUUCUUCUGAAUCUUCAUCAUCAUCACCACCAUCAUCACCGGGUACAACGUCGGAUAGUAAAUCAAAAUCAAAAUCCGCAAUAACACCCCUCUUCUCCCUCUGCACAGGAAUAGUAAAUCCCCUCUACGCACUGCUUGCAGCCUGCCGCGACGCGAGGGUCCGCCGGCGCGGUCUAGCCCUGCUCGAGCGGGUGCCGUACCAGGAGGGCCUGUGGACCGGCGAGAAAGCGCGGCAGGUGGUCGGGACGAUUGGGCAGUUUGAAGAGCGGAAUCGGGUUCCUGGUGUUGAGGGCGCCGAGGGGAUCAAGAAGGAGGACCGCAUUGUUGGUGUGAAUUUCCAUUACUUCCCGGAUCGGUUUAAAAUUAUUGUGGAUUGGGAUGGGGGGAGGAGGGAGGUUGGGUGGGUUAUGUUGGAGUUGUGA